GCUUUGCAAAUCUCUUUUCUCCUCUGUGCGAAGCAGUGUGGUGCAAAGCACAGCAGUGCAAAGCUGGGGGGCUGGUACAGCAAGCUGGUGGGAAAAGGUAUCCUUCAGAUAAAAUCAGUGCUGUAUGGGUCACUCCCUUCCCUCCAGCCUGUUCCCCAGCACCAGCCUGCUUACAUGCUCUUCGGACAGACACAAAUUUCCUGAAGUGCCAGCCAGAUGCCUUAAGACUGAAGGAAAGCCAAAACAAAAUAAAUGUGAUGUAGCUGGGUGCUUCAGUUUUCAGGAAGACCCAAGCAGCAGCAGGCUAGUUCCCAGCUGAAUCUUUCUUGCUGUAUCAAGCAUAAAUUCAUCAAGUAUUCCAUUUCCUGAGAAAAAAAAAAAAAAAAAAGAAUAAUACACAUAGAAAUAAAGAGUAGAGCUAUUUUUUCCCUCUGACAUGGUGAAUGCAAUUACCUAAGUCAUGGGAGGCUGAGAUAACUCACUUAUUCAGCCCCCAUUCUCCAAAGAAGGCAUCAUCAUUCUGUCAGAAAAGGCUUUAAAAGCCAGUUCACAUCCUGAAUGCGAAAAACAUCGCCACAUACAGAACCUGUCCUUAUGAUUUCCACGCACCAACUGCAGCAUCUCAAGCAAAACACACUCACAGGCAGGGCAGAAUUUGUUCUUAUCAAGGCCAUAUACACCAUGUAAGCUCCCUGUGUUUGUUGACCCUUCUCCUUGUGCUGUUGCGAAAACAUGCAUGGGGGGAGAAAGUCCCAAGCUGAGACUGGAGAGCUCAACAAACAGAAACCAUAAACCUGUGCUUGCCCCAAAAUACAAUCCCAUUUAGGCUGCACCCUUCACUCCCACCUCCUCUGCCAUUACAUAAGGAGGAGUAGAAUAAUGACAUUCAGCAAUGCUGUUUGAAUGGCAGUGGUCCAAUUCUGGACUGUAUUAUUACUUUUUUUUAAUGCUGGGGGGAGAGUAGCUUGGCAGAGGGGAGAAAGCAUCAGCUUGGUUUGUCUGCAAUCCCUGUUUUGUGCUGGGAGCUUUAGAGGGCAAACACAUUCUUCCAUCUCCGCUAAUCCUGCUCUGAUACAGAGGAUUUUCCUGCCAUUAAAUGAUAGCUUGCGAGAAAAAAUGCCAAUUUUUCAGAAACUGACUCGUAUGGCUAAUGGCAGCCUCAGGAGCAGGAGGGAGGACACAGCCACUGCCCGGCUGGGUAAGCAAUGCAUCUAGGUGAUUUCUGUUGGGAAUUUUAGUUUUGACUGUUUGACACUAAGCUGGUUACGCUCCUCUACACCAGCACCUAUAUCUUGGGGAGAUGGCCAGUCUCUUGCUGUUGGUGAUCUUUUCUCACCUCAGAUGAUGGAAACGUGUCCUUGGUGCAGCUGGUGGGAAAAGGAGUAGCAGAAAGCUGCAAGAUUCCCUGAGAAGAUCCCUCAAGUUUCCUUGCCAGACCUGAAAUGCCACUAGUGAAUAUUCAAGGUAAUGUUUGCCAUCAUUUUAAAUGUGCUCCUUUGGGUCCCCCAUGUCCACACGGUGUGGGCCUGCGUGCGGUCCUGCCCUGCCAACUGUGUGUGCACCCAGGAGCGGAGCUGCUCCGUCCUCUGCGAUCGUGCCGGUCUGGGGCAGAUCCCUAGCCAGUUCCCUUGUGAAGCCUCCUCUAUCAACCUGGACAAAAACAGCAUCAAGUUCCUCUCUGAGAGAGCCUUUGGGACCUUGCCUUCCCUCAAAUCCCUGUCACUCAACCACAACAAUAUUUCCUUCAUCACCCCAGGAGCUUUCAAGGGUCUGCCUAGUUUGGUGGAGCUGAAGAUGGCCCACAAUGAGUACAUUCGGUAUCUCCACACACGGACUUUCACGGCUCUCAGACGGCUGGUCAAGCUGGACCUAGCAGACUGCAACCUUUUCAACAUCCCAGACAGGAUCUUCAUCGAGCUGCAUGCUCUGCAGGAGCUCUUCUGCUUCCAGAACAACUUCCGGAGGAUCCCAGGUGCCAUCAGGGGCAUGGAGAACCUGACCCAUGUUUACCUGGAGAGAAACAGGAUCGAAGCAGUAGCCUAUAACUCCUUGCAGGGCCUGACCAAGCUGAAAUACCUGAAUCUGCAGGACAACAGGAUAAACGUUGUUCAUGAACGAGCUUUUCAGGGCUGCCAGAAGAUGGAGUACCUGUACCUGAAUGACAAUUUGAUCAGCGAGCUUCCAGAAAACUCCUUUGAUGGCCUGAGGUGCCUGAAGAUGCUCAACCUGGGAGGAAAUUUCCUCAGAAACAUUUCCAACACGUGGUUCAGGGACCUGGGGGAGCUGGAGGUCCUCUACCUGGACCGCAACAGGAUCAACUACAUUGAGGAAGGGGCUUUUGAAAACCUCACCAGCCUGGUCGCGUUGCACUUGAACAGCAACAACCUCACGACCCUGCCCUUUUCUGUUUUCCAGCCCGUGUAUUUCUUGGGGCGGCUGUACCUCUUCCGCAACCCCUGGGAGUGCGACUGCCGCAUCGAGUGGCUGAAGGAGUGGAUGGAGAAUUACAGGCUCGUCAGGGAUAUCCCCUGUGCCUCCCCCUCCUCAGUAGCUGGGAUUGACCUGAUAGAUGUGCUCUAUGAGAGGUCACCAGAAGGUUACUGUCUCGACCCAGUGGAGCUGAAUUUCACGUCUGAAGGCCCAACUCCAAGUGAGGAGCCUUGGUCUACCACGGAAAGCAAGUUCAACAGCCUUAUUACUAAACUCUUGCUCCAGAUGGGCCUUCCCGAAGAGGUGGCAAACACCACUGAAGUCUUCAGUAACACCACACAGCUGGAUGGACUGACUGAUGGGGUUUCUUCUGGGGUGGGGGAAAACAGUAUUGAAGCUGCCUCCUCUUUUUACCUCCCAGCACUUUUCACAGUGAUUGUUUUGCAAGUUAAAUAGUCUGAAGGCUGCCUGGAGCAUAGGUCCUGCUUGUGCAUUUAGUCCCUGUACCUUCCUGGUCAUUAGGGAAAAGUUCAUGUUGCGGGCAUUGGAUACUUAUUUGGCUCCAAAUUCUCUUGGGCAGCUUGGUUGGAUCUGACUCCAGAUUUACCUGGGAGCUGGUGGGAUCUGGUUCACCACUGCAGGUGAGAAAUCUGCCUUGAGGUGUGGCAGAGCUUCCCAGACACUCACAGAGUUGUGUGGAAGAUGAGCAAUGAAGGAAAAGCCGUCGGGUUGAGUUUCUCUUAGAGACAUGUGAUGUCCUCUGCUGGGAGUGAGGGGAAGAGGGAUCUGUGUGGACAGGCCAACUCCAGUUGAACCAACCAUCGACUUUAUGAGAGCAAGGUGAGACAGCAAAACCAGACCCGCUCUUCAUACCCUGACAGACACCCACACCCACAGUGGGUGUGUGGGAGCAGGUCUGUCCUGUCCAUCAUCCAGAGAUGCAGCUCUAGACCUCGUGGACAGGAGAGCAGCACCUGGGGAAGGCACCUGCCCCAGGUGGGUCUGGGUUGGGGACAAUGUUUUGGCCAUGACUACAGACAGGUUUUGAUCCUUUCUCCCCUUGCCAUCCUGGCACAGAUGCAGGAGAACCAGAUGGAUCCGUGUUUGUCGAAACAGUCUUCCCUGAGACAAAGCUACUGAAACUUAAGAGCUUACUUAUUAGUGUCAUUUCAAUGUGUUUUUAUUUUUCAAUGAAUAUACUGUUUCAAGGAAGAUAUUGUUUUUAUUUGUAGAUUAUUUCAUGGCAUGACAGCAGGGGAAGAACAUGGUGAUGACAAAUGCAACCAGGCCCUACUAAAUGUUUUAUAUUUCCACCACUAAUGCAUACCACAUAGCAUGUCAUAUUACGCUGUACUAAGCAACUAUUCCAUCAUUUUCCUUUAUACGGCAUCUUACAUGUUUUAUCUCUGGAAUCUUCAAUGAAAGCUGCUAAUAUAACAAAAAAGAAUUAUCAUCUUUUAUGUAUCAUCAGAGCACAUUAAUAAAAUAAUUUGAUAUUUUCCUCACAGAAAUAAAUUAACUUCUCAAAACACAUAUUUUUUUUGAGAACCUUGAAUUACUCUGAUGGGUUUUUUUAGGCUACUCAAAUGUGUGCAUAUGAAUGUCCUUUUUAUAGGCUAGAGCAAAUGGCAAGCUAAUUAUUGCAGCAUAAAGACCAGAUACUUUAACCUAGGAUGUGACCGUGCUUACAUUUGUGUUAAGUAACAAUGCUUUAAAAAAUAAGCGACUAUAUAGAAAUUCACUUCUGCGAUAAUUUAACUAUAUUAAAUCAUUGUA